AACUUAAAAGAAGAUGAAUCUUAUGAGUUUGAUUUCCCAGCCUAUAAAUGGCUUAUUUUUGAUAACGAAGAUUUCCAAGGUCGCGACUUUCAGGAGGUAAUUGAUAAGUAUUGGUUCGAAGAGGAUUGUACUCUUAGCCGGUUUUUAAUUGACCACGUCAUUAUGGUUGAUAUUAAUCUUGAGAAUCCUAAUAUGGAUUCUGAAGGUUUUCGCAAACUCGCUCCUAAGGGCCUUGAUUGGGAAACUACUCCUACUCUUAGUAAUUUCGAAACUAUUCAGAAUCAGAAUUGUCAUAAAGAUGAUAAGUGGUAUGAAGAUUUAGAUUCUAAUUUCAGUUGGGAUUAUAUUCGUUGUAGAGAUU